AUGCGACGGCGACACAACAUUACCCUAGCGACACUUGCUUGUCUCGGAACCGUAUACCUUGUCGCACAACACCGAUAUGGUUUCUCAUAUGCGCAUGGAGACGGGCACAUUGACGGGAUCGAGAUCCUGCCAUCUGACGGGCACCGUGUCUCCAACCAUGAAGAUGCAUCCGCAAUCGGAGAGAAGGGCCUACUAGACGGGAUUCGGCCGUCCAGUUUAGCCAACGCACAUUCCGCUUCAGGCCUUCACCCGGAACCUUCCUUCGCAGGAGCCUCGCCACCAUUUAGUACGGAACACGUACCCGGAACGAAAUACAACUUUCAAGACGAACUCCAACUCGAGCUUCCCACUUCAGUGCUCCAAAAGUACCUCACACAGAAGCCUCGCAACUACAAUCCCAAUGGUCCGAGAGGAUAUGCGUAUGCAACUUUUCUCGCUACUCGCAAUCCUUCCCUGAAGGACCCAUACUUCCUCGCCAUCCACUCGCUCAUCUACCGACUACUCUGGUCAUCCCGCACACGUAGUAAAAAGCACCCCUUCAUCGUCUUCGUAGCCGAAUAUGUCACAGACGAGCAACGCGCACUCCUCAAAGGAGCUGGCGCGCUAGUUCGUGAGCUUCCGCCUCUCCACUGGGAAUGCAAUGUCGAGGGCGUAGAAGAACGAUGGAAAGACCUCUUCGCCAAGCUCAACAUGUGGAAAGAGACGGAGUUUGAGCGCGUCCUGUUUCUGGACGCUGAUGCUUUUCCGCUGUCGAACAUGGACGAGAUGUUUGAGCUUGCGCCGAUACAGGAAUGCAUACCUGAGAAGCUGCAUCUCGAUGACUUCUUGGAGGACGGCCCGGUAUGCGAGCCUUAUAUCUUCGCUGGCGUCGCGCAAGAUCUCGAUGCUAAGCAUCCCAACAUCAAUGUUGGUUCAAUGGUUUUCACGCCUUCUUUGCGCAUGCACGCUCGCCUUCUCCAGAACUAUGUCAAGACUGACAACUACAAUUGUUUGAUGGCGGAGCAAGCAUUCCUGAACUGGCAGUUUGGUCCUGAGGGUGCAUAUCCCGGGACGAAGUUGGAAAGACAAUGGGGUGGCUUCUUCCCCACCGAGGGGGAGGGCGAUGGCUCGUUGAAGGUUGUGCAUGAGAAGCUUUGGGUCGCAGAACAUGGGUGGAUGAAGGACGAAUGGGAGAAGGGCUGGAAGGAUAUGAUUGCGUUCUAUGACAGUAAGAAUUUUGCGAAUGCGAGGAAGAGUGAUGGUGUGAUUGCUGAAAGUAGAAAGUACUCCGAGUACGAUGGUCCGCACAUCCCCAAUGAUUACGCAACAAAGAAAGCGAAGGCGAGUGCCAAAACCAGUCAGUCUACAAAGAGCCCUGAAAAGACGCAUGUACCGCAUCCAACACCCUCUUUACUAGGCCUGCCAGGCGAACUCCGCAACCUCAUCUACACAUUCGCACUGACUGCUCCUUCCAAGCAACUAUCACCACUACCCACAUCUCGAUGGCGGGGGCUGCGCCAACCCCCAAAUAAACACAGCACCUAUCCCCCCGCAUUCAACCAACUCAAACACGUAAACCGCCAACUAUACACAGAAGCAGCUGACUUGGAACUCCGCUACAACACCGUCCGAGCCAAAUAUGCCUCGGAUCUCGAUCUGCUCCUCGCAGGCUGUACCGCAAAACAACGCGCCUGGAUAAACUUCUCAUUGCAGUACAAAAGGCUGGAGGAUGUCAUACCUAUCUUGCAAAAACGCUGGAUCAGCCCGAUAAAAUGGGACGACCUCAUCUACAUAGCACGUUUCUGCCGGAAACACCCACACAUCCAUGUCGCUAUCAGUUUCGCCGACUUCAAGUAUCCCGCCAGCUCGAAGAAGAAUCGUGAUCCGCUGGAGUACUUUCUCACAACCGCCAUGUAUAUUUGCAUGGUGUAUAGGCGGAUAGAUCUCACGCAUCUGCUACCCAGGGCGAUGGCGGACAGGCCCAUGUAUGGCAUCACGGUGAGCGAUGUUAUACUAGAUAAUGGGGAGAAUUUUGGGAAGACGUGGCCGGUGCCGAAGGAGGCUGUGGAUGAGUUUGAGGCGGAGAAUAUGCGGUUCUUUCCGAGGUGGAAGGGUAGGAGAGAGGAUGUCGUGGAUAAAAUUGCCAAGGGGUGGGCGAAGGCGCAUCGAAGGGAAGGCGGGGCUGGGGAGGAUUGGAGAGAAAUUUGCGAGGCGGAAGUCAGACGGUGGUUUGAGGAGGGCAUCUAA